CGAGAAUCCGAACAGACGGAAAUCACUACGUUUCGCCGCCGCCAUGGCCGCCAUUCCAAUCCGGCCGCCGCGUUUCGCUCCUGCGUCGUUAACGCACUGAUAAUUCGUAUCAUGAAUUGCUGCGUGGUCGGUUGUACCAACAGGUACACGUCGUGCCCCACGGGGACGACGUUUCACCGUUUUUCAACUCGUCCGUGCUUCGUCGGGCAGCGGCAGCAGUGGAUCACGGCCGUGCGACGAAAGAAUGCCGACGGAACAAAGUGGAAGCCCACUCGGCACACGAAGAUAUGCAGCGUCCAUUUCGUUGGAGGUGCGCCGUCCAAGGAUGUGUCCUCACCGUCGUACGUGCCGACGAUAUUUCCGGACGUGUACCGUAAGCGGUCCGUGCUUCCGGAAGAUAAGGCUGUACGCUAUGAAAGAAUGAUGAAGCGGAGAACAGCCGCAACAACUGUUGUAAAUCUCGCCCACUCCUCAACAUCCUCGCCGAACGUGCCACAAGCUACACCACCUGCGGCCACCAUGGACGCACCACCUUCUCUAGCACCAGCAGCCACACCCCCGCUGGAGGAACCUGAAGGCACCGAGGAGAAUAAUGAACCUAGAAAGCUGCAAGGAGUUGAGGUCUCAACUCAGACUCAAAAGACACCGCAAGCCCAGAGCGAAGGGGUCCUGAUGAUUGCCUGCGCCCUGUUCACUGGUGCAUGCGAGGCAUCCACGCAGGUUGCAUUCAUUGCGUCGGAACUACCUGCAACAGCCGACGCAAGUGUCACAGCAUUGUGUCUGGAGGACCACCAGCCUAGGGGUUCCAUCAAAAAAGUAAUAAAACGCUUGAAAAAAAGUUAGU